GGGAGACAGGGCCACUCCGACUUCAAUUUUCCCGCGUCAACCACCACACUCACCAUUUUCGUCGUUCGUUUCUCCGUCACUCUCGUGGGCGUUCAUAUCGCGCAAAGAUACCCUCCGGAGCAAUUCCCUGCCCGUAUUCGACGGAAUAAAGAGCAACCGUCGAUACUACUGUCGUUACCUACCAACACCGUCCCAUCGGCCUCAUGCCUAUGCGAACCAUUGCCCUCAACAUGCCCGACCAUGCCAAAGUCAACAAGAAACAGCAAACGUCUUAUUUUCAGGACUUCGUGCGGUGGUUUCAACUUAAGAAAUACCAAUAUGAGGUGACAUUCUCGUUAUACAUGCUGACCUCGACCGAGAAGUUGAUUUUCAACUUGGUUUUGUUCAUCCUGAUUUCUCUUCUUGUCACCGCCGCCUGGCUUUACCUCCCCAACCAUAUCUCGAUCAUCUACAACCGGAUCUGGUACUACCUGCAUGGCGAAUUUGCCUAUUCAACCGCCGAGAUAGGGAGCAAGAACAUGGAUAUGACCGGCCUAAAAUCUACUGCAGCAGCAUUGCGGACGACGGUUGCUGCGACGGCACCAACGAUUGCUGAGUCGGCUGGAACCACCUUGAGAGAAUUGUGACAGAAGACCCACGGAGUUGAUUUGUACGAAAAGGAUGCAUUGCAGAGGCGUUGAUUGCGGAAGUUGCACGACUAUAAUUAAUACAGCUUUGAUGAGGGAGUUUACAGGGAAGAGAUUGCCGUGCCAUGCCGACACCCGGUCUCUUUGGAUCUCUGUUUCCGUCAUGAAGGUGGAAGAACUCUCUCGAGAACUUAAAGGACACUCGGCCUGCUGG